CCUCUCUGUAUCGCCAAGUCUACCCCCUAUCUCUACAUCCCCAGUAUUUCUGUCCUAAUUGACCCUUUACCCAGUUACUAUCACCCUUGCCACCAUCCCACUGGCACCAGCACCAAUGCAUCAGUCCUCCUAGGUGCCACACCCACCUCAUCCCCAUAAAAGGCCUUGUUCACCUCCACCCACCCUCACAGUCUUCACCCAAAUUUAUCUGGCUGCCCCAGCACACCUCCACAAUGUUCUACCCCACUAUGUCCCCAUUCACAUUUUCUUCUGGGGACAGUUACCUAGACAACACCCUUUGAGGUACCUUGUCCAGCUCCACAUGUACUCACAGAGUCACCCCAACUCCCAAAGCUGCUGUCCAGCCUUCCCUUCCCUUCUCAGCCUAGUGAUCCCAGAUGCCCCCUUCUUCCAGGUGCUGGGCCAGGGUGAGGUGCAAGGCUGGGGCAGGAGGGCAGGCUACCUGUCAGGCCAUUCAUGCUCCCAUGCCUAAUUUUAGCAGCAUUUUCGGUGGCUUGGCAAAGUGGGCCAGUAGCUCCCGCGGUGAUUCCUCGGUUUCUGGGACACGGCUACGCUGGGUCAGCGGCGAAGUGGGGCAGAUGGGGGGGCAGCCAAGGACAAGGGCAAGGAGACAGCUUGGGCUGCAUGUGUGUAGGGGACUCAUGUUGGGGGCGCGUCUGGAGGUGAGGAAGGGCAGUGACCACCUCGGUACCUGGGCAGCUGCUGGGCAUCAAAGCUGGAUGUCUGCCUGUGAUGCUGCGGCUCCCUGUGGCCCCGCGGCCCCACGAUGCCCCGAAGUCCUGUGUCCAGCGAGGAGGAGCGACGCAGUGUGAGCGAGUGCCCCGAAGGGGGCUCCGAGUCCGACAGCUCCCGGGACGGCCCGGGGAGGGGACCCAAAGGGGUCCGGGGCCGGGCUGGGGGGGCUGGCAUUAGCCUGGCCUCUGCCCGCCGCCUGCAGGGCCGCUCCAUGUCGGUGCCCGACGACGCCCACUUCAGUAUGAUGGUCUUCCGGAUUGGGAUCCCAGAUCUGCAUCAGACUAAAUGUCUGCGGUUCAAUCCGGAUGCCACCAUCUGGGCUGCCAAGCAGCAAGUCCUGUGUGCCCUGAGCGAAAGCCUCCAGGAUGUGCUUAACUAUGGGCUGUUCCAGCCAGCAUCCUCCGGCCGGGAUGCCAACUUCCUGGAGGAGGAAAGGCUGCUUCGAGAAUACCCCCAGUCCUUUGAGAAGGGCGUACCCUACCUCGAGUUCCGAUACAAGACCCGGGUUUACAAACAGACCAAUCUGGAUGAGAAGCAGCUAGCAAAACUCCAUACCAAGACCGGGUUGAAGAAGUUUCUGGAGUAUGUACAGCUUGGCACAUCUGACAAGGUGGCAAGACUGUUGGACAAGGGGCUGGACCCCAAUUAUCAUGACUCUGACUCUGGAGAGACUCCUCUGACGCUGGCAGCCCAGAUUGAGGGCUCGGUGGAUGUGAUCCGCACACUGUGCUUGGGUGGAGCCCACAUUGACUUCCGGGCUCGAGAUGGGAUGACGGCGCUACAUAAGGCUGUAUGUGCCCGGCACUGCAUGGCCCUCACGGCUCUGCUGGACCUCGGGGGAUCCCCCAACUAUAAGGACCGCCGGGGGCUGACUCCUUUGUUCCACACGGCCAUGGUGGGUGGAGACCCUCGAUGCUGCGAGCUCCUGCUCUAUAAUCGCGCCCAGUUGGGUGUCGCUGAUGAGAAUGGCUGGCAGGAGAUCCACCAGGCCUGCCAGAGGGGUAACUCCCAACACCUGGAACACCUGCUGUUUUACGGGGCCGAGCCAGGUGCCCAGAACGCGUCGGGGAACACAGCCUUGCACAUCUGUGCUCUCUACAACAAGGAGACGUGUGCCCGAAUCCUCCUGUAUAGGGGGGCCAACAAGGAGGUGAAGAACAACAAUGGACAGACCCCUUUCCAGGUGGCUGUAAUAGCUGGCAACUUUGAGCUGGGGGAGUUGAUCCGAAACCACCGAGACCAGGAUGUGGUCCCCUUCCAGGAGUCCCCCAAGUAUGCAGCCCGUCGGAGGGGGGGUCCACCAGGCACAGGGCUGACUGUGCCCCCGAUGCUACUCCGUGCUAACAGCGACACCAGCAUGGCACUGCCUGAUUGGAUGGUGUUUUCACCCUCUGGGCCCCCUGGCCCUGGUCCUGCCCCAGCGGCCCCAGCUCCAACAACCCCCUCAACCCCAGGGGCCAAACUCAGCAGCGGCACUCUGCGUAGUGCCAGCAGCCCUCGGGGUGCCCGCGCCCGCUCCCCUUCCCGAGGGAGGCACCCAGAGGAGGCAAGGAGGCAACCCCGGGGACGGCCCAGCUCCAGUGGGACACCCAGAGAGGGGCCAUCUGGGGGCACAGGGGGAUCCGGGGGCCCUGGGGGCUCCUUGGGAAGCCGGGGACGGCGACGGAAGCUCUACACAGCAGUACCAGGACGCUCCUUCAUGGCCGUGAAGCCAUACCAGGCCCAGGGCGAGGGGGAGAUCUCCUUGAGCAAGGGAGAGAAGAUCAAAGUGCUCAGCAUCGGGGAAGGAGGCUUCUGGGAAGGUCAGGUCAAAGGUCGAGUUGGCUGGUUCCCCUCAGAGUGCCUAGAGGAGGUGGCUAAUCGCUCCCAGGAGGGAAAGCAAGAAAGUCGAAGUGAUAAAGCCAAAAGGCUCUUCCGACACUACACCGUGGGCUCUUACGACAGCUUUGACGCCCCCAGUGACUACAUCAUUAAAGAGAAGACCGUCCUGCUACAGAAGAAGGACAGUGAGGGGUUCGGUUUUGUGCUACGGGGGGCCAAGGCGCAGACCCCCAUCGAGGAGUUCACUCCCACCCCAGCGUUCCCUGCCCUACAGUACCUCGAAUCGGUGGAUGAGGGCGGCGUGGCUUGGAGAGCAGGACUUCGGAUGGGGGACUUCCUCAUCGAGGUGAAUGGACAGAAUGUUGUAAAGGUUGGGCAUCGGCAAGUGGUCAAUAUGAUCCGCCAGGGUGGCAAUACCCUGAUGGUGAAGGUGGUGAUGGUCACACGGCACCCAGAUAUGGACGAGGCUGUUCACAAGAAAGUGCCUCAGCAGGCUAAACGUCUCCCACCCCCCGCCAUCUCAUUGCGGUCUAAGUCCAUGACUUCGGAGCUGGAGGAGAUGGUCUCCCCCUGGAAGAAGAAGAGUGAUUAUGAGCAGGCACCGAUGCCUAGCGUGGAGAAGAAGAGGACGGUCUAUCAAAUGGCACUAAACAAACUAGAUGAGAUCUUGGCAGCAGCUCAGCAGACAAUCAGUGCAAGUGAGGGGCCGGGGCCAGGUGGCCUUCCUUCUCUGGGCAAACACCGAGCCAAGGGCUUCUUUGCCACUGAGUCCAGCUUUGAUCCCCAUCACCGUUCCCAGCCUAGUUAUGAACGGCCAUCUUACCUACCCCCUGGACCAGGCCUCAUGCUGCGGCAAAAGUCUAUUGGGGCUGCUGAGGACGACAGGCCGUACCUGACGCCCCCAGCUAUGAAGUUCAGCCGAAGUCUGUCGGUCCCGGGCUCGGAAGAUAUACCCCCACCUCCGACGACGUCCCCGCCUGAGCCCCCUUACAGCACUCCGCCAGCCCCAUCCUCCUCUUCUGGACGACUCACUCCCUCCCCCCGGGCUGGGGCAUUCAACCCAGGGAGCGGGGGCCCACUGCCUUCCUCCUCCCCAGCCUCUUUUGACGGGCCCACCCUCCCAGAUUCCCGGCCUUCCGGCCGAGACAAGGGUCUAUACCACGCGGGGCCAGGCGUUCUCCCUCCUGCCCACCACCAUCCCCCACACCACCACCACCAUCAUGCCCCGCCCCCGCAACCCCACCACCACCAUGCCCACCCACCCCACCCCCCGGAGAUGGAGACCGGCGGCUCCCCAGACGACCCCCCGCCCCGCCUGGCCCUAGGCCCCCAGCCCAGCCUUCGGGGCUGGCGUGGCGGCGGCCCGAGUCCAUCUCCCGGGGGCCCCGGACCCUCCCCCUCUCACCACGGCGGCGGCGGAGGCGGCGGGGGCGGCGUGGGAUCAUCACCCGCUCCUGCCCUGCGUUAUUUCCAGCUCCCGCCCCGGGCGGCCAGCGCCGCCAUGUACGUACCUGCCCGCUCGGGCCGGGGUCGCAAAGGUCCCCUGGUCAAACAGACCAAGGUGGAAGGCGAGCCCCAGAAGGUCAGCCCUGGGGCGGGCCCAGCCCCGGCGCCCUCAUCGCCAGCCGCCCCGCAGCAGGCGGCCGAGAAGAACUCCAUCCCCAUCCCCACCAUCAUCAUCAAAGCCCCGUCCACCAGCAGCAGCGGGCGCAGCAGCCAGGGCAGCAGCACGGAGGCCGAGCCCCCGGCCCCUGCCGAUGCCGGACCCUCUCCCGCCUCCCCGGUUCCGGCCCCAUCCCCGGGGCCGCCUUCAUCGCCCCUGCCCGCUCCGCCCUCGCCAAGCGGUCCGGCCACCCUGGACUUCACCAGCCAGUUCGGGGCAGCCCUAGUUGGGGCGGCCCGGCGGGAGGGGGGCUGGCAGAACGAGGCCCGCCGGCGCUCCACCCUCUUCUUGUCCACCGACGCCGGGGACGAGGACGGCGGGGAAGCCGGCCUGGGAGGCUCUACUCCGCCGGGACCCCGCCUUCGCCACUCCAAGUCCAUAGACGAGGGCAUGUUCUCCGCCGAGCCCUACCUGCGUCUGGAGGCAGGCGGUGGCGGCGCCUACGGGGGCUACGGGCCCGGCCGAGCCUACGGCGGCGGCGGCGGCGGCGGCGGCGGCAGCGGCGGCGGAGGGGUCAGUGCCUUCACCAGCUUCUUGCCCCCGCGCCCACUGGUCCAUCCGCUCACCGGCAAGGCCCUGGACCCCGCGUCGCCCCUCGGGCUGGCUCUGGCUGCCCGAGAGCGGGCGCUGAAGGAGUCGUCGGAGGGGAGCGGCGCCCUUCCGCAGCCCCCUCCUCGGCCCCCGUCGCCCCGCUACGAGGCCCCCCUCCCGCCUCCUCCUCACCCCCACCACGCGCACCCCCUCCCUCACCACGAGCCAGUGCUGCGCCUGUGGGGCGCCCCGCCCCCCGAGCCCGGGCGAAGAGAGCUGGGCUACCGGGCUGGGCUCGGCAGCCAGGAGAAGCCCCUGCCUGCGAGUCCCCCGGCGGCUCGCCGCUCCCUCUUGCACCGCCUCCCUCCUGGGCCCCCAGGCGUAGGGCCCCUGCUGCUCCAGCUGGGGCCUGAGCCCAGUCCGCCCCCACCUGCUGCGAAGAGCUGGAGGGGAGGAGGCGGCCCCGACGACUCGGAGCGCCUCCCCCUGCACGUGCGCUUCCUAGAGAACUGUGAGCCCCGGGGAGGCGGGCGAGGGGUCCCCUCGGAGGACGCGGCCCCGGGCCCCCCGCAGGCAUCCGCCCUGUCCCCCCGGAGCCGGGAGGAGAACGGGCUGCCCCUGCUAGUCUUGCCCCCUCCCGCCCCGUCAGUUGACGUGGAGGAUGGCGAAUUUCUCUUUGCCGAACCACUGCCCCCGCCCCUGGAGUUCUCCAACAGCUUCGAGAAACCUGAAUCCCCGCUCACGCCCGGUCCACCACCCCCGCUGCCGGACCCGCCUUCCGUAGCCACUGCCACAGCCGCCGCCCCGGCCCCUGGCCCUUCCCCGGCGGCCGCCUCCGGCCCUGCCCUGGAUUCUACCGCGUCCAGCCUGACUUCCUACGACAGCGAGGUGGCCACGCUGACCCAAGGAGCUGCCACCGGCCCCGGCGACCCCCCUGCUCCGGGGCCCCAAGUUCCUGCGGCGCCCGCCCCCGCAGCCCCCGCAGCCCCAGGCCCGGGCUCAGGCCCUGACCCGCCACCUGGUACAGACUCGGGCAUCGAGGAGGUGGACAGCCGAAGUAGCAGUGACCACCCACUGGAGACCAUCAGCAGCGCGUCCACACUGAGCAGCUUGUCGGCCGAAGGAGGCGGCGGGGGCGGCGGCGGCGGCAGCGGCGGCGGUGGGGGCGGCCCUGAGCUCCUGGACACCUACGUGGCCUACCUGGAUGGCCAGGCUUUCGGGGAAGGGGGCGGGGUCGGCCCGGCCUAUCCCCCGCAGCUGAUGACCCCAUCCAAGCUGAGAGGCCGAGCCCUCCGGCCAGGCCCAAGCGGGGGCCUCCGGGACCCGACCACCCCUACCAGUCCCACUGUCUCGGUGGCCGGCGCCGACGGCCUACUGGCUCUAAGUAGCUGCGGAGGCCCCCAGCCGUCUAGCUCUUCCGACACCGAUGGGGCGCCCGGUCCCUCGGGGGCGACCUCACUGCCCCGCAAGCUGCUACCCUGGGAGGAAGGGCCAGGCCCACCCCCGCCUCCCUUGCCCCCGCUGCCCGGACCCCUGUCCCAGCCCCCACCCUCGGCCUUGGCCACAGUCAAAGCCAGUAUCAUCAGUGAGCUGAGCUCCAAGCUGCAGCAGUUUGGGGGCGCCGCAGCCGGCGGGGCCUUGCCCUGGGCCCGAGGAGGCAGUGGAGGAGGUGGGGAUAACCAUGGAGGCCCCAGCUAUGACCGCACUGCCUCCCUGCAGCGACAAAGGCUCGCGGAUGAUCCCCCGUCUUCGCUUCUCUCCAAACCCGUCAGCAGCUUAUUCCAGAACUGGGCCAAGCCGCCGCUGCCGCCACUGCCCUCAGGGUCUGGGGUGACCCCAGCAUCUGGGGGAACCGGCACUGGGUCGCCCUCGCCGUCCUCAUCUUCAUCCACCCGCCACCUCCAGGGCGUGGAUUUUGAAAUGCGCCCCCCUCUACUCCGACGUGCCCCCAGCCCCUCCUUGCUGCCCCCCUCGGACCACAAAGUCAGCCCAGCUCCCCGGCCCUCUUCUUUGCCCAUCCUGCCCUCUGGGCCCCUGUAUCCCGGCCUCUUCGACCUCCGAGGCUCACCCACUGGCGGGGCUGGGGGCGCCUCGGACCCCUUCGCUCCCGUUUUCGUGCCCCCCCACGCAGGGAUGGCGGGAAGCCUGGGUGGGGCGUUGGCUGGGGCCUCGCGCUCGCUGUCGCCUACACGCCUGCUCUCCUUGCCCCCGGACAAGCCAUUUGGGGCCAAGCCCCUAGGCUUCUGGACCAAGUUUGACGUGGCAGAUUGGCUGGAGUGGCUGGGCCUGGCCGAGCACCGAGCUCGCUUCCUGGACCACGAGAUCGAUGGCUCCCACCUGCCCGCCUUGACCAAGGAGGACUACGUGGACCUGGGCGUAACCCGGGUGGGGCACCGAAUGAACAUUGACCGCGCUCUCAAGUUCUUCCUGGAGAGGUGAUGGCCGGCCCACCGAGGACCCUCGGGGAGGGCUCUCGCGAAGCGGCCCCGCCCCUCUGGAAUGCUGGCCAGAUGUUAUGUGACGCUCCCCUUCGCCCUCUCCCCACCUCCCCCCGACCUGGGCCGGCCACUUGCUUCACACUUGCUCGACCGGUCGCCGACAGUCAUCCCACUGGACAUGCGCACCUCAGAGGAGGGGGCAGCUGGGCCUGGACAGUGUGUGCGUCAGUGUUGGGUGAAGAGGAGGGAGCAGGUGGGAGAGAGAUGCGACCCCUCUCCCUCCCAGGGAGAUGGCUGAAGCUGUAAGGGACCAGAGGGAGAGAGGCGUGAAGAGGGAAGAUGUACCCCGACCUCCCCCUCUCCAGGUCCCUGGGAGAGGAGGGAAGAAUAGCAGAGCCAUAGACGGGGAGCCCCAAAGCUAAUUGGUUGAAGGGGGCUCCCUGGGCAGCAGGGGAAGGGGGCGAAGCAGGGGUGCCCAAUCUCCUCCCCAGGCCCCAGAUUUGACCAUCCCCCACGCCCCAAAUCCACCCCCAUCUCUCUCCUGACCUCCCCGCCCCCACCCUAACUCCCAUUCCUCUUCUGCCCUCUUCUCUCCUUCCCUUCCAAACUACCCUGCCUCCUGGCCUCUUGCACGCUCCUUUGCACUCCCGCUCGCCUAUGUGCCACCCCCUCCCCUGGGCUGCUAUUUUGCACAAAUUUGCGCUAUGUCUCUUGCUUUCUUGCACACUUCCCAAGGUGGUGCUUGCAGGUCCCAGCUCUCUUGCACGCUCACUUUUUCUUGUCUUCCCUCUCCAUUAUAUUGGCUCCCAUAGCAGUUCUCCCCUGGGGACCUUUGUUCGCUGCCCUGUGCUCCUCUCACGCUCGCCUGCACGCUCGGCUUCUCCGCGUGCUCAGGAUCACCGCUCUUCCAUCCGGGCCCCUCUGGUACCAACGGGCACAUUUCCCCCGCUCCUAGCCUUCUUUCUCUCAUUUGCACUUGCACACACCCUGUACAUGCUUUAUCUCCUGUCCAAAACCCCGCUCUUAUACAUGGUCAGUGGCACACACGCUCUCCUUGUUCCCCUCCCUCUUUGGGGCCCAGCUCCUCGUUUACACUUAUCGAUUACUUUUCACAACACUCGCACACACCUUUGUUUCUGCUCCUUCCUUGCUCCUCAGCUCAUUCUCCUCUUGCAUACUCACUCUGCUGUCCUUCUCUUGCACACUCACGGUCUGUUCCGAACCUUCCCUUGCACACUCCCUUGACCUUUCCUACACUGUUCUUGCCCGCUUUCCGAUCCCUUCUCUUGCUCAUUCACCCUCCUACUCCUGACUCCUCUUGAUCUUUUCUCCCUUUGUGCAUGCCCUGCUUACACACUCAUACACUGCCUCUUGCCGCACACUUUCUUGCUCUUCCCACUUUCCACUCUUACAGAUCAUUUCUCUAGUCUCUUACACACUCGAUCUGUGCUCUCCCUUUGAUGUGCUUUCUGCUUGCACGCCUUUUAAAAUUCCUGCCUCUUUUGCAUACUCGUUUCCUUCUUUCCUUACGUCCCUGGCACACUGCUUCACUAUACUUUCUUCUCACACAGUUCUGGCACAUUCCCCUUUCUCCCUGAGCUUUCUCUUGUAAAACCCUUGUCUCCCUCUCCCUUGCACACUCACUUUUCUGUUUCUUCUCCCUCCUUGCUCCCCACCAUAUUCUCCUCUUGCACACUCACUUUUCGGUCCGUUCUCUUUUUUACACUCUCCUUUCCUCCUCUCCCGGUGACCCUUCGCACGCCCCUCUCGCACCCCAUCUGUUGCUUAGCUCUCCCGUCCCUGUUCUUGCACGCUCACUAGAGCCUCCUGCCUCGCUUUUCUUGCUCCUCUCGGCUCCCACUCCUCCUCUAGACUUUCUGGAGCCCCUGCUCGCUUUCUUCCUGCUCAUUUGGCACGCUCGCUCUUCCUCUACAUUUACACUCUCCUCCGUGCACACUUGCCUUUUCCCAGAUAUUUCCACUUCAUUCUUGGAUUUACACUUGGCUGAUUCUUCCUAGUUCCGCCUCUCACGUUCACUUUCUUCCUCCGUCUCUUGCAUGAUGGUUUCUCUUCCCUCUCCCAGCCCACCCCCAACUCCCCUUUCUAGCAUGGCUUACCCUCUUUCUGCCCCCCAUUUGCCCAAAUGCUUCCUUCCCACUACCAGCUCCCUCACAAACCUUGGGGGGGAUUGAAGUCACCCCUCCCCCUACCCUAGGGACCCUUCCUCUACUUCCAUUUGGGGGGGAAGGACAGCCCCUCUAAGCUUCCCCACACACACGUUCAGCUGCCAAAGAAGGGAGCUCCCUUUCUUCCCCCUCACUCUAAGCCCACCCUCCCUUCUGCUACCCCCCAAAUUCCCGGGGGGCUGCUCCGUCCAUGGGUGGGGGGGGCUCCCAGCCCUCUUCCCCCUCACCACGUCAGGGAUCUGCGGGUUAUCUUGUGGGAGGGUUGGGGGGAGGGGGGAGAAGGGGGGGAGGGAAUCCGUCCUCCCUCCCUCAUGUCCGUCGUCCGUUGUUCUCCCCCACCCCCGGGGACCCCGCGGUGUUCGUCUAUCAAGGGCUUGUUCAUUCCGGAUGGCCACCGCGGAAGGGGGGCGGG